UGAUACGAUUUUAUUGGAAAAUUGAACUUACUCACGGUUCUGGCCAGGAGCUUUUCCUCCACACCUGAUAAGAUAUGGCAGUCGAAGCUCUGAAAUAGUUACCGAUCCCAUUUAGUGUGUUCCGGAACUUCAAGAUGACGAGCAGUGCUGUUUUCACAAAUAAACUUGGAUUGUGGGCGACCUUUGCCCUCUUGCUGUGCUUGUUGGCCAGUAUGGGAGGUUCCCGGGCGGAGAACAUCGACGCCGAUGAGACGGACCGCUUCUGCUAUCCGGAAUCUGCCCGGAACUCGCGUCGGUCCUGCGAGUGCAGCAAUGUGAGUGCCUCGCCCUGGGGCACGCGAGCCUUGAGGAUAGACUGCAGCUACAAGGACUACAAGAUCACAGACAUCUCCGAGCAGUUGCCUCUGUACACAGACACCCUGGAUCUCUCGUGGAAUGCCCUGGACAAGGCUCCGGUCUUCGCCAGCGAUAGUCUGCACCAACUCAACCUGAUGCACAACAACAUUACUCACCUGACGAGCGGAAACUUCAAGCAGCUGACCAGCCUGCGGGAGCUCUAUUUGGGAUGGAACAGCAUAACCCAGGUGGAUGCAGGAGCCUUCGACGGUCUGCCUCACCUGCAGACCCUCGACUUGGCCCACAACAACAUUCACUCCCUGCCGGGACAGUUGUUCGUUCAGCUUGUGGUCCUCAGCACGCUGGAUAUCUCCUGGAAUCGUCGCUUCAACGAAACGGGAGUGGACCUCUACAAGGGAUUGGGUGUCAACUGGAAGCUGGCCACUCUGCGUCUGGAUGCGUGCAGUCUGACCGAGAUCCUGCUGCCCGCAGAUGCUCCACUCCGGGAACUGUCGCUCCGCCGGAAUCUCCUUCCGCGGAUGCCCAGCCAGCUGCCAGCGACGCUCCUGAGACUGGACAUCAGCGACAAUCUUCUGGAGCACCUGUUGCCAGAGGACACCAAGAACUUAACCCAGGUGCGUCAGCUCUUCCUGGAGGACAUGCCCGUUCUCGAAAGCGUGGCUGCUCAUGCCCUCAUCACCACCGAAAUGCUGGAGACGCUGAGCUUCCAAAACAGUCGCCACUUGACGCACUUCGAUGGCGAUGCCUUCGGAUCCUCCAUGGAUCCCAAGAACAAGCGUCGCGCCCUCCAGACGCUGAGCUUUCGCGGCACUAUGCUGCGCUCCUUUAAUUCCACGCUAUCGCCGGUUUUUGGACAACUUGCCGAGCUGGAUCUCAACGGUCUGCCGCUGCAGUGUGACUGCGAGCUAGUCUGGCUGAAGAAUCUUCCGAUUCAGACCAACGGACGGUGCUACCGUCCCACUCGAAUCCGGGGCAUGCUCGUGACCGCCGCCCGCGCCGAUGCCUUCAGCUGCGACACCUGGCCGCGGUGGGCCUACGGCCUGAUAGUCCUCUCCCUGAUCGCCCUCAGCGCCGUGGGCAUCUACCUGAUCGUGAUGGGACUGCGUCCACACAGGGGCGUCACCAUGCGCCGCAAGGUAGGUGCCGGGAGCCCCUAUGCCCGGAUCACCAUCGAGCCCAAUCGCCAGGAGAAUCCGCACUAGAAACUCUGCUCCUGAAACUCUUACCUUCUAAGCUGUUAACCAUACGUGGCUGAAACAAGGGAUCAAUGUUUAAGUGAAUCAAUUGUGUGCAUUAUCAAUGCGAUAAGUCAAAAUCUAAAUAAAUCUAAGUGUAAUCGAAA